GGGGGCGGAGCGCAGGUGGGGCGGGCCAGGGGCGGGGCGAGUGCGGUUCCGGGAUCCGGGUCCAGCUUCGGCCCGAGGCCGUGGGGCUCAGCGGGCGCCGCUAGCGAGUGCAUGUUGGGGCGUGCGUUCCGGAGGCGCUGCCCACGGGGGCUGCGGCGCGGCCGGGAGGCGCUGCUGGCGCUGCUGGCGCUGGCUGGGCUGGGCGCGGUGCUGCGGGCUCGAAUUGGAUCUGGGACGGUGGAGACCCGGGCCGGGCCGGUGGACUCGGUGCCCCCGCGCUCUCUUCGCCUUGGGCGUCGGGACCCGGUGCUGCCCAGGCCACCCCUGGCCGCCGAUGCGCUGGGCGCGCAGGGGGAGGCGGUGCGGCUGCAGCUGCAGGGCGAGGAGCUGCGGCUGCAAGAGGAGAGCGUGCAGCUGCACCAGAUCAACAUCUACCUGAGCGACCGCAUCUCGCUGCACCGACGCCUGCCUGAACGCUGGAACCCUCUGUGCAGAGAGGAGAAAUAUGAUUAUGAGAAUUUGCCCGGGACGUCUGUUAUCAUAGCCUUUUAUAAUGAAGCCUGGUCAACACUCCUUCGGACCGUUUACAGUGUCCUCGAGACCUCUCCUGACAUCCUGCUGGACGAGGUCAUUCUGGUUGAUGACUACAGUGACAGAGAGCACCUGAAGGAGCGCUUGGCCAAUGAGCUGUCCCAUCUGCCCAAGGUGCGCCUGAUCCGUGCCAGCAAGAGAGAAGGCCUAGUGCGAGCCCGGCUACUCGGAGCCUCUGUGGCCAAGGGUGAAGUGCUGACCUUCCUAGACUGUCAUUGUGAAUGCCAUGAGGGGUGGCUGGAGCCUUUGCUGCGGAGGAUCCACGAGAAGGAGUCGGCAGUGGUGUGCCCCGUGAUCGAUGUGAUUGACUGGAACACCUUCGAGUAUCUGGGCAAUGCCGGGGAGCCCCAGAUUGGAGGCUUUGACUGGCGGCUGGUAUUCACGUGGCACGUGGUUCCCCAGCGAGAGCGGGAGUCGAUGCGGUCCCCGAUCGAUGUUAUCAGGUCUCCAACAAUGGCUGGGGGGCUGUUUGCUGUGAGUAAGAGAUAUUUUGAAUAUCUGGGGUCUUAUGAUACAGGAAUGGAAGUCUGGGGAGGAGAAAACCUCGAGUUCUCCUUUAGGAUCUGGCAGUGUGGUGGCACUCUGGAGACACACCCCUGCUCGCACGUAGGCCAUGUUUUCCCUAAGCAAGCUCCCUAUUCGCGCAGCAAGGCCCUGGCCAACAGUGUCCGAGCCGCUGAAGUGUGGAUGGAUGAAUUUAAAGAACUCUACUACCACCGCAAUACCCGGGCCCGCCUGGAACCCUUCGGGGACGUGACGGAGAGGAAGAAGCUUCGGGCCAAGCUCCAGUGUAAAGACUUCCGGUGGUUCCUGGAGACAGUGUACCCAGAACUGCACGUGCCAGAGGACAGGCCUGGCUUCUUCGGGAUGCUCCAGAACAAAGGACUCAGAGGGUACUGCUUUGACUAUAACCCUCCUAAUGAAAACCAGAUCGACGGCUACCAGGUCCUUUUGUACCUCUGCCACGGGAUGGGGCAGAACCAGUUUUUCGAGUAUACGUCCCAGAAAGAAAUACGCUACAACACCCGCCAGCCUGAGGCCUGCAUAGCUGUGGAGGAAGGGAAGGAUGUCCUUAUCAUGCAUCUCUGCAGCGACACCGUCCCGGAGAAUCAGGAGUUCAUCCUACAUGAGGACGGCACUUUAGUUCACAAACAGACCGGGAAAUGCGUCGAAGCCACAAAGAAGGACGUUGGCCACGGCUUUGUACCACUCUUGCGGGACUGCACCAACUCAGAUAAACAGAAAUGGGUCUUCAAGGAACAUGUGUCAUAGUGCAUCGCCUUGUCAAGGAAGAAGCCCAUCAUGGCCAUGAACUCUGUACCCAGUGAGAUGGAGGAAGUGCAUGGUUGCCAUUUGUGAAUGUGUUGGAUUUCACAAGAAUGUGAAUAAGUUUUGUACAGAUUUUGAAAACUUUAAAAAUGUCUCCCAGUACCCUGUUUUCUAAGGGCAAUCCUAAGAUGUUACCUUUGGUAUUUGAAAAGGCUGAUAGGAUUUUUUUUUCCCUAUCAAGAUGUGCAUUUUAUAAUGGUGCCUUUUAUUCUCACUAGCAAGAAGGUAAAUAUUUUAUUUUGGUACUUACAAGGAUCCCUGGGUAUGUGUACUUUGCACAAACUGAUAAUACCUCAAAUGUCAAGUUAGAGUUUUCUCAGUGGGGUGAGAUGGACACUAGAAACAUCGUGUUGAUUUCUUCAGGUGUGAGUUAGAUGAGAUGGUCUAGAUUUGUAUAAUAAAGAAUGCUUUUUUGCUUACUUAUGUGUUGCUGCCACAGUCAAAACUCUCCCAUAAUGUUCAUAUGGACCAAAACAGACUGACCAAACCUGAAAUUUCAAAGAAACACUAUGGAUUACCAAGAGCAUCCAAACUUGAGAGUGUAUUUCUAGCAAUGCCUACCGGGAGGGUGGUGGGUGGCGUUUAGUAGUGCUUAGCCACUGUGACUUUAAGACAUGUUUGUAUAACUUUUAAUUUUUAUCACCAGGUAGUACCAGGGAGAAAUGACAUAUUCUGCAUGAAACUCAAUUUUCAAGUUGGUUCUUAAAUAGUAUUUGAUUAUUUAAAUCAGUGUGAGGGUUUGUGAUAGAGCAGCUGCUGUGGAUACUGCUCAGUAAUGCAGGUGUCUGGAUGACCCUAGAUCCAUUCCCAGAGCUCGCCGACUUGUUAAAGUGAAUAGGAACGGUUAAAAAUACCGUCAGUGAACUCGGGGUGUAGGUCAGUUGGUAGAGUGCCUGUGUAGCAUGUACGAGGCCCUGGGUUCAAUCCCCAGCACCUCAUUUUUUUAAUAGGCUUGGUGGCACACCCCUAAUCCCAGAACUUAGUAGGUGGAGGUAGGGGAAUCAGAAGUUGAGGGUUAUCACUGGCUACACAGAGAGUUUGGGGUCAGCCUGGGCUUCAGGAGACCCUGUCUCAAGAAAACAUCAGUGAGAAGGUAGACUGUGGAUCUUGUUUUUGUCCCAGUCAAUUGUGAAAACACAUAUGUGAUUCAUUAAAAAGUGUCUCCUCGUGU